AUCCAUGUUCGAGACGACUUGGUCCGCGAGGCGGUCAAUCCAUCUCUGCGGAAUUCUCGCCAAUUGUGUAAGACUCCGAGUUUCCUACCAGAUGAGGUUGCCUUCACUUCAGCAUGGGUUCCUGAGCUCGAUGUUUUGCCUAUCGAGUACUUCGUGUCGAACGACGAGCGACGCCCUCCUGAGCAGCUCCUCCACGUUAGAAAGAUUGAUAUUCCAAACGGCCCUAGCCUCAGGCUGAAGUACUCCGUCGGGCGAUCGAUGGAUUGA